CAUGUUUGAAUCAGCUGACUAGAAGGAGAAGGAACCAUUAGGGAUUGGAGUGAGACAAGAGCCAACAUGGCGACUCACAGUGUCCCCAAUGAACCGCCAGAAGAAGACGCCGCGGAAUUACAAUUCCCGAAAGAGUUCGAGAAUGCAGAGACGUUACUGAUAUCAGAGGUCCACAUGCUGCUGGAGCAUCGGAAACAGCAAAAUGAGAAUGCAGAAGAUGAGCAGGAACUUUCAGAAGUCUUCGCCAAGACUCUGAGUUACUGCAAGAGAUUUUCAAAAUUUCACAAUCGCGACAGCAUUGCUGCAGUUCGAAGGGCACAAAUUCAAUCAGAGGAGGGUCGCAUGUCUUGCCUUGUCUGCCUUGAAUGGGGCUUAGGAUUCCAGGCCAUUUUCUCUUUCCCUGCUGGGGAUAUCCCACCACUUGGCCUCCUCAUGCAAAAGAAACUCCAUAAAUUUGAAGUUGCCUGCCUGGCUAAUCUUUGCCCAGAGACACCAGAAGAGGCGAAAUCCCUCAUACCAAGCCUGGAAGGAAGAUUUGAAGAUGAGGAACUGCGACAAGUCCUGGAUGACAUGCACACAAAUAGGAGCUUCCAAUAUUGAGGUUCCCUCCAUCACUGAAGCCAAAUCUAGGCCAACCUCUUAAUUUCCAUUUGAUGCAAUGGGAUACUAUAUGUAUUCUGCAUUCUUCAUCUUUGAAGCUAUGGCUGUGUUCCAAUAAACUCCUUCCAAAAAA